UUUCUCCCGGAUCCAGAUGAAGGGGUUGCCCUGCCCUGCCCUGCCCCAUUUCUGGCAGCUGGGCUCUUGCUUCAUGGCUGAGGGCUCAGGGACUCAGGCCCCGGGGAAAGAGCCCCCGCUCAGCAUCCAGGUCCUUCGAGCCCAGUACGAAGGCUUGCGAAGGCAGCAGAGGGCACAGGCCCACCUGGUGGUGCUCCCCAAAGGAGCCUACAUGCCUGCUCCUGCUGAGCCCAUACUCAGUGCGGUUUGGAUUAACAAGGACAGAAGGCAUUCGCUGUUGCUGGAGGAGGCAGAGCCGGAGGCAGAGGGGAUGCUGGAGGAGGCUGACAGAGACUGUCUCCAGGCCCCUGCGUCUCCAUGGCACAGGCACCUGGAGAUGUACCGCUGCGUCCAAACCUUCCACCAGGAAACCAAUCUGCCAGUAAAACACAAGGACAAGCUCAUGGGGUCUGAGCAAAGGCUCCCUCAGGAAGGAGACCCAGGCUUGUUUGAAAAUGAUCAGAUGACUCCGCAAGGGACUACCAUCCUACAAACAGCCCGGCGUGAAUGUCCAGUGGGCAAUGCCCAAACAAAGGCAGUGGGAUCUGGCUUAAAUAUGGACAUUCGGCGCCCUCCUUCCAAAAAGAACCCACACGGGUCUGGAAAACCAGCCUACUAUCCAUUUCCCCAGAGGAAAACUCCCAGGAUCUCUCAAACUGCCAGGAACCUGGGCUUGUAUGGCCCAGCCUGA